GUUGAACGAAAGCGCAGUAAAUUUCACCACAUAUUUUGGGAGCAUUUUGUCGAAGGAAAAGGUGUACUGUCUGUUCUUUAUUCAAGUAUAAGGGCUUGUGGAAGCAAUGGUAUAAAGUCAAAGACUGCAAGAUAAACGUUCCCUCAACAACAAAUUUCUUUCAAAGUCCAUCACUCGGCUCAUUUUCAGACAGUCCCAAUCACGGAAGCCAUCAACAUGAAGUUCUUCGUUGCUGCAGUUGCUCUUGUCCCUGCCGUCAUGGUUAACGCCUAUACCACCUGUAUGCUCACUUGUAUGAGCGAGCAGCAGCCUACCUAUUGCCCUUCCGCUUCUUCUUACAAUGAGACCUCUUGUCUCUGUUCCGACGAUUUCAUUACCUACGUUAAGAACUGCCUUUACCAGUCUGACUGUUCUACCGACGUCCCCGUGUGGUAUGACCUUUCAGAAGACGCGUGCAACACCACAAGCUCUUCCUCCAGCGCCGCUGCCGCCUCCACAGCUUCGUCUCAGUCUUCCAGCUCUGAUGCUGCAGCAAGCACCUCAUCUGCCUCCACCGCUGAAACUUCUAGUGCCUCUUCCGGUGCCGCCUCCGUCUUUGGCAACGCCGCUGCCUUCGGCUCUGUUGCCAUCGGCGUCUCCGCUGUCAUCGGUGGCGCUCUUCUGCUCUAAGCGAUAGACUGACAUCUAGUCAGCUUUGCGCGAAGCACCCCUCGUAGUGAGAUCGCAGCAAAACUAGAAUAGCUUCUUUGAGAGUGUUUCCUUGACUUCUUCUUAAGUUUCUUCUAUUCGUACAAGAUUGAAAUAAUACAGCUCCUAAUUGGGAUCUUGAGAUGCAUCCUCCAUGAUGAUUUGAGCAU